AUGUGGCCUCCCUCACGGCUGACAUGUCAGGUUGGUAAUGCACUUCUCGAUAUGCAACAAAUCAGCAUGGGCCGGAACAAAGUGCUGGAUUCUGCCGCAUUCCUGGGCAUAGAACAGAGACAGCAACGGAGGCUUUGGUACGCAUCGACGACUUCCACUGCGAAGAGCUCACCGCGAGAAGAGAGGGGAAUUUGUGAAUGUGAUCAUUGCUUAUUGAUGAAAUACCUGACCGAAUUCGAAUUCGCAUUGAAACUAGAAACAGUGACAACUGGAAAACAGGAAGCGGCGUUUGUGGUGACCAAUCGACCCCGUGCCCACGUAUCUCGACUUUUAAUGAGUGUCGUGAGGCCAAUCGUGAGGGUUGAAAAACUGGGGCACAGCAGCGAAAUGAGGUUCGUCAUCAAGGUAGCUGACAACGUCGAUCCGGCUCCGGUCGUUCAGUCGGUUUUCACCGGCGAUAAUAGUCAAACAGGAUUAGGCGUCGUAAUUAGAAUGACCGAGAAGCGCUGA